GAGCGCAUUGCAAAAGAGAGUAGCACAGAAGGCAGGCCGAUCCCCCGCCCGGAUAGGACGAGGGCGAGAAGACUGGCCGCAAGAUACAAGAGAGAGAGAGAGGGGGAGGGUGAGAGGAGAUGGGUUCCCACGCCGUCUUCCAAGCUGCGACCCCGCAGCCUCUCAUGGCUCUCCACCGCCCCUCUCGCCUUCACCCCAAGAACCUCUCUCCGCUUCCAAACCCUAAUCUCCACCCCCACCCUCGCCCCUUCCUCCCGCCGGUUCCCCUAGCCGGCCGGAGGAAGCCCUGCCUCGUCGUCAGGGCGGCGGCAGCCUCCGCCCCCGGGGCAAUGCCGGGGGCCGUUGAACCCGACCACAGGGGCGCCCUUGAGCGCUGCUUCGCCGCCUCACCGGAUUCCGAGCCGCCCUCCUGCUCCUCGUCGUCGUCUUCGUUGUUGUCUGCGGCGAUGGAGCCGGUGAUGAAGGGGGAGUAUGGGGCGUUUGGGGCGGUGACGUUGGAGAAGUCAAAGCUCGAUCUCUCCCAGAAGAGUACGAAGUCGAGCCCUGAGACAGCAGUUGGUGGAGGUGGUGGUGAUAUCGGAAAGAAAAAUUUCCAUGGUGGGGGUGAUGGUGGCGAUGAUGGUGGUGAUGAUGAUGAUUACUUUGAUGACUUUGAUGAAGAUGAUGAGGGAGAUGAAGGUGGAUUAUUUAGAAGGCGCCUUGUCCUUCAAGAGCUCUUUGAUAGGAAAUUUGUGGAUGCGGUGCUUCAAGAGUGGUACAAGACCAUGAUAAAUUUGCCUGCUGGGCUUCGCCAAGCUUAUGAAAUGGGUUUGGUGAGCUCUGCACAAAUGGUACGCUUCUUGUCAAUUAAUGCAAGGCCAACAACAUCUAGGUUCAUUUCUCGUGCUCUUCCACAAUCCCUAUCUAGGGCUUUCAUUGGAAGGAUGCUUGCAGAUCCCUCUUUCUUAUAUAAACUAAUCCUCGAACAGGCAGCUACUAUUGGUUGUGCUGUUUGGUGGGAGCUGAAGAAUCGCAAAGAAAGGAUUAAACAAGAAUGGGAUUUAGCACUCGUAAAUGUUCUGACAGUAUCAGCUUGCAAUGCAUUUAUUGUCUGGUCACUUGCACCAUGUCGUUCCUAUGGGAAUACGUUCCGUUUUGACCUGCAAAAUACUAUUCAGAAACUUCCAAAUAAUAUAUUUGAGAAGAGCUAUCCUCUGAGAGAAUUUGACUUACAGAAAAGAAUUCAAUCUUUCUUUCUUUGGAAGGCUUCAGAGUUAUGUCUAGUUGGUGUAACUGCCGGAUCAGUUCAAGGAUUUUUAUCAAAAGCUCUCUCUGCCAAAAAGGAGGGGAGGUUGUCGAUGACCAUACCAUCUGUCAGUACCAAUGCUCUUGGUUAUGGGGCUUUCUUGGGAUUUUAUGCAAACCUACGAUAUCAGCUGUUAUGUGGAUUUGAUCGAGCUAUGUUUGACCGCUUUGAUGUUCUGGGAGUGGCGAUCUUUUUCAGCACAGCACUGAGAAUAUUGAAUGUUCAGAUUGGGGAGACAUCCAGACUUGCUUGGCUUGGGGUGCAAGCUGAUCCACUGCUGCAGUCAGACAAUCUGUUGAAAGCAUACAACAGACCCUCAGAGGUUACUGACAAUCCAUCUUCAAGGUGGUUCAUAUCAAAGAAUGCCAUCAUCUCUGGCCUCGGAUUUCUUGGUAUCAAGCAGGGCAGCGGCGAACAAGAGGCAACGCCUUCAAAGCCACGCCGGAAAAGAGUUGUUAGAAAAAAAGUAAGCACAAGUUCAGCAUAGUCGUCAUUCCCAUCACUUCAGGGGCAAUUUUGUAUGAGGUAAAUUCAGGAUGCGGAUUACUGCCAUGCAAGUGAACAGAUAUACCUUUCAGCAACUUUGGUGUUGUUAUCAAGAGAUACAAUCUUGGAGCUGCACGGUGUUUGCUUAGAUAGUUGUUUGAUGGAGGGUUUUAAACAUCAAGAUUUCUUUAAUUUUGAGCAUUUAGAUAUUCUAGUCGCUUGUAUUUUCUCAUUUGUUAGAGAAAUAGAUUGAUAUUUUAUUGAUACGGUCUUACUGGCAGAGUUAAGGGAAGCGUGACUUCUUUGGAGUCACUAGUUUUGGGACUUCCUAGAACGUGCUGCCUUGAUUUUGAUUAGAACCCUUCACAGGUCAUGUUAAGCUGGAGGCUACUUGGUUACCUACAAGACACAAAUUGGAGACUGGAAUGAUGUUAUUCGUUGGCUUUCAAUGGGAAUAAAAUUCUGUUCGUCAUGUU